AUGUGUGUAAGCAGUUCGUCAACAGACAACGCUUCGACAACACAAUAUAGAACAUACUCGUCAGAGGUUGUCACACAGAGUUCGUCAACAGACAACGCUUUGACAACACUAUAUAGGACAUACUCGUCAGAGGUUGUCACACAGAGUUCGUCAACAGACAACGCUUCGACAACACAAUAUAGAACAUACUCGUCAGAGGUUGUCACACAGAGUUCGUCAACAGACAACGCUUCGACAACACAAUAUAGAACAUACUCGUCAGAGGUUGUCAUACAGAGUUCGUCAACAGACAACGCUUCGACAACACAAUAUAGAACAUACUCGUCAGAGGUUGUCAUACAGAGUUCGUCAACAGACAACGCUUCGACAACACAAUAUAGAACAUACUCGUCAGAGGUUGUCACACAGAGUUCGUCAACAGACAACGCUUUGACAACACACUAUAGUACAUACUGGUCAGAGGUUGUCACACAGAGUUCGUCAACAGACAACGCUUCGACAACACAAUAUAGAACAUACUCGUCAGAGGUUGUCACACAGAGUUCGUCAACAGACAACGCUUCGACAACACAAUAUAGAACAUACUCGUCAGAGGUUGUCACACAGAGUUCGUCAACAGACAACGCUUCGACAACACAAUAUAGAACAUACUCGUCAGAGGUUGUCAUACAGAGUUCGUCAACAGACAAUGCUUUGACAACACAAUAUAGAACAUACUCGUCAGAGGUUGUCAUACAGAGUUCGUCAACAGACAACGCUUUGACAACACAAUAUAGAACAUACUCGUCAGAGGUUGUCAUACAGAGUUCGUCAACAGACAACGCUUUGACAACACAAUAUAGAACAUACUCGUCAGAGGUUGUCACACAGAGUUCGUCAACAGACAGCGCUUCGACAACACAAUAUAGAACAUACUCGUCAGAGGUUGUCACACAGAGUUCGUCAACAGACAACGCUUCGACAACACAAUAUAGAACAUACUCGUCAGAGGUUGUCACACAGAGUUCGUCAACAGACAACGCUUCGACAACACAAUAUAGAACAUACUCGUCAGAGGUUGUCACACAGAGUUCGUCAACAGACAACGCUUCGACAACACAAUAUAGAACAUACUCGUCAGAGGUUGUCACACAGAAGGUUGUCAUACAGAGUUCGUCAACAGACAACGCUUUGACAACACACUAUAGUACAUACUGGUCAGAGGUUGUCACACAGAGUUCGUCAACAGACAACGCUUCGACAACACAAUAUAGAACAUACUCGUCAGAGGUUGUCACACAGAGUUCAUCAACAGACAACGCUUCGACAACACAAUAUAGAACAUACUCGUCAGAGGUUGUCACACAGAGUUCGUCAACAGACAACGCUUCGACAACACAAUAUAGAACAUACUCGUCAGAGGUUGUCAUACAGAGUUCGUCAACAGACAAUGCUUUGACAACACAAUAUAGAACAUACUCGUCAGAGGUUGUCAUACAGAGUUCGUCAACAGACAACGCUUCGACAACACAAUAUAGAACAUACUCGUCAGAGGUUGUCAUACAGAGUUCGUCAACAGACAACGCUUCGACAACACAAUAUAGAACAUACUCGUCAGAGGUUGUCACACAGAGUUCGUCAACAGACAACGCUUCGACAACACAAUAUAGAACAUACUCGUCAGAGGUUGUCAUACAGAGUUCGUCAACAGACAACGCUUCGACAACACAAUAUAGAACAUACUCGUCAGAGGUUGUCAUACAGAGUUCGUCAACAGACAACGCUUUGACAACACAAUAUAGAACAUACUCGUCAGAGGUUGUCAUACAGAGUUCGUCAACAGACAACGCGUUGACAACACAAUAUAGAACAUACUCGUCAGAGGUUGUCAUACAGAGUUCGUCAACAGACAACGCUUUGACAACACAAUAUAGAACAUACUCGUCAGAGGUUGUCACACAGAGUUCGUCAACAGACAACGCAAGGGCCACACACUGCAGUAAACAUGUAGUCGUAUAG